UAUUUUAGUACAAUUGGAUACAUUACUGGAAAAACUGUUUUGCAAGAGGUCCAACUAUCUUAAAAUGAAUUCAUUUGAAAACACCUUUUUCCGUGGUCCAUCGCCAUCUUACUCUGACGACGCAAACUCUGAAAAUGCAUUGUCGCUGACACUGCCCAUUGGCUACACAUCAGGAGCUGAGGAGAAUGACUUUUGCCAUGACGACUCCAAGACGGACCCCGUGGACUACUUUGACGAGAAAUUCGACAGUGAUAGCUGCUCGCGCUUGCACCCUGGUCAGCAUGGGCGCAACUCUUUCGCUUUCUGGACCAUUGUGAUCAUUCUACUGGCCCUGACUGUGGGCAAUCUGAUUCUUACGCUGACAAUUGUGGGUGUCCUGCGCCUGGGGAAGGGUGUACAAGGUAUGGAGCUGAUCCCCGAAGUGGAUGUCGUCAAGUUCUAUGGCUCAACCGAAGUGGAGCGCCUUCAUACCAACUCAAUUGGUCAGUUACAUGGCUUCACGGAUGUGCCAGUGACCAUCAGUAGUGAUGGCAGCAACGACGAAAAUCCGAAUGCGGGCGUACAUGUGCGCGUUUUCCGCAAUGGAAAUGGUGCCUCUAGCGAGCGCGAUCGUGACCGCAUCGUGGUCGACAAGGAUGCCAUUCUCAUAGAUGCCACAAAUGUGUUUGAUGUGAAAGACCCCGUCGAUCGACAAUCCAUUUUUAGCACUCAUCGUCCCCAGUACAACAUCCCGGCUGGUGUGGCUGCUCUGCAGGCCAAGGUGGUGAGCGCCAGCGGCAUAUCCAGUCCCAUAGACGUGCCCUUGAACUUGGAGAGCGAUGGCCGCAUUGUCAUUAAGGGGUCAGAGGGUGUGUUCUUCGAUGCCGCCAGUAUUGAUCUACAAGCCGAGCAUCAUAUCUCCAUCAACUCCACCCAAGGCGCCACUGUGCUCGAGGCUGGAACUGGCAUAUUCCUGGACAUGGACCGCAUACCCGUUGUCAGUUCCGAGAUGGGCAUUCGCACGGGCAGUGUGCAGUACAAGAUAUGCGUCUGCAUGCCACAGGGUACUCUUUUCCGCAUAGCCAUUCCACGUAUCCACAACGGACCGAAGAUAUCGUGCGCCCAUUUCAGUAGCCAGGACGAUCCAUGUGAGGUCAAUUAAUUAGUUGAAUUUAUUCGAAGCUUAUAUGUAAUCCCAGUAAUACAGUUAAAUACAACUAUUCAUAUAUGUACGUAUCCCUAAAACAAAUGUUACUUAACAGUUUUUGUUUUUAUUUUCGAGGAAAUGUACUUUACUUUGAAAGGGAGAAAAAGGAGUUGGAUUAGCUUAUGAAAACCGAUUUCGAUUCCUAGCUAUCAUAAUGUUUUUUGGACUGUUAAGGACAGGUAGGGUAGUAAUAAUAGUUCCAAUUGCUGGUUAUGUAUAAUACAGAAAUGGUUUUCA